AGCUCUUAAAGAGAAAUAUGAUGACCCUGAGUGUCUUCUAGUCUGGCCUGAAACAUUUUUAACAGAUAGGAGGCUAGAGUUCAGGGGUGAUUGUGAGAAAUUAAUGAGAGAACAUGACGUGAAAAUUCAGAAGGCCUUUACUAAAGAUACUAUGGGUAUUACUGAAAAAUAUAAUGGUGAUUUAACUAGAAAAUUGUUUCGUUCACAAGAUGCUUCUAAUCUUUUGACUUUACACUUAAAUAAGAUAUCCUGGGUUUGG